UCAUGCACCGCGACACCUUUCUCAUUGCAGCUGUGAGAAGCUUCAUCUCGGACGAAACCUCCCCAGACAAAUGUCUCCGGUUCGGAGCGGAGCUUCAGUCUGAACGGACCCGAGCAGCGGAGCCCGGGAGGCGGACAACGUCGCCGACGGCGGAUGCCGCUCACGGUGCGGAAGCCUGCCGGGAGGAGGAGAAAGAAACCGGAUGAGAAGCUCCCGGAGCGACCCGGAGAGUCGACUUCUGCUCAGGUGAUGGCGACCACGCGGAUGAAGCUGCGCGUGCGGCGGCGCGAUGGUGCAGCAGCAGGAAGCGAUCGGCCGGCGGAAGAAGAGCAGAGGAGUCAAGAAAGCGGCGGCGGCCGCAGCAGCAGCCGGAGGAAAAACACCAGCAACGCUGCGACCGCCGCACCUGCCGCCGCCUCCCCUCCUCCUCCCGCCUCUACUCCUCCUCCUCCUCCUCCUCCUCCUCCUACCUCCUCAGCGACGGCGAGGACGCUGGUGGCGGCAGAGGAUGCGUCGCCAGACUCCAAGUGCCCCAUCUGUCUGGACCGCUUUAACAACCUGGCGUACCUGGACCGCUGCCUGCACCGCUUCUGCUUCCCCUGCAUCCAGGAGUGGUCGCACAACAAGGCCGAGUGUCCGCUCUGCAAGCAGCCGUUCGCCUCCAUCCUGCACUCGGUGCGCGCCGAGGACGACUUCAAGGAGUACACGCUGCGGCCGCCGCCCGCCAACAGCAGCGUCGCCGCCACCGUGGCGAUGGUGGCGGCGAUGGCGUCGGCUGCGAGGAGUGACCACCAGAUGAGGUUGAUGCUAAGGAGACACCGGACGGCGGACAGCGGCGAUGCCACCACCAGGAGACGCCGGAGGGAGAGGGGAGGAAGAGCAAGCAGGAGGGCGGGGGUGUUGGAGUGGUACCUGGACUCACCUCGUCUUCCUCUCCCUCCUCUUCCUCACCAUGCCGCAGUCUCUCCCGUGGUGGCAGAGGACAGCGUGGAGGGAGAAGACCUGGACCAGCAGAGGAUGAGGGGAGUGGCGGACCUGGCGGAGGGAGUGAUAUUUGAGGGACUGACGGGGCUUGGGGGGGCGGGAACACACAACGUGCGGGCGUCGCGUCUACUGAUGACGCGUCUGGUGACGAGGCAGCGGCUACAGCGAGAAGGAAGAAUGCGGCGUCUGAGGGAGCGAGAGGCCGUGGGAUUCCGACGCUCCCUCUACCGCUGUGGCAUACGGGUCCGCGGCGCAGCCGGGGUCGUCGGUAACCAGGGUCAGCAGUGUGACAUCACGGCGGAGAGCUUUCGCCGCAACCCCACCCACCUGAACAGACUCCGCCCCUGGCUGCAGCGGGAGCUCACGGUGCUGUACGGUGCACACAGCACGCUGGUGGAUAUCGUCCAGCGCAUCAUCAUGGCGCAGCUCGCCCGCCAUGGGCUGGAAGAUUCACCCACCAUAGAAGAAGAGCUGCGGCCGUUCCUGUUGGCCCGUACUGACCAUUUCCUGCAUGAGCUGGUCAACUUUGCCCGCUCGCCGCUCAGCCUGGAAAACUACGACUUACAGGCGGUGUACGAGCCGCCGGCCGCCGCCUUGGAGCUGGACGGGAGGAGCAGCCCGUCCGACGGCAGCUCCGUCAUCGCCAUAUCCGAGGGCGAGGAAGAGGAGAGCUGGGCGGGAGGAAGGUUAGAGGAAAGGCGGCAAGGGAGGGCGAGCGGCGCUCACAAUGACGUCACCCAAAAGGGAAGGUUCCUCACCCUGUCGGACUGGGACGACGAAACGGCAGGCCCCUCCUACUCCACCGCCGAGCCGGCGUGUUCGUUCAGCCCCGCCCCUCAGGAGGCGGCCAAUGAGGGGGAGGGAGGGGAGGGAGGGGAGGGGGAGGAGGAGUGUCUAAUCGUUGGAUACAAGAAGCCGAUUGCGGAGCGAACUCCUGAGCUGGUGCAGCUCUCCUCCGACACCGAGAAAGAGGAAGAGGAGGAGAAGACUCCUCAGCUCCCCACCACCACUCCUCCUCCUCCGCCCUCUUGCCUACCCACAAUCCCCCCCUCCACAUCUGGCGCCUUCCCAGAGGAGCAGGACGAAAAGCCAAAGGAGAAAGACGGAAAUGCGGGCGAGCGUCGCUCACGUGCACGCUCGUGGUCAGCGAGCUCAGGAAGGAGCCGGGAGUCGGUGUGCACGCUGAGCCCGAGUGAGCGGCGGCGGGAAGGGAAGCAGUCGGGCAACGAGGCAGCGAGGGAGAAGAGGAGGAGGAAGAAGAGGAGGAAAGCACGGGACAGGAGCGGCACCCUGUUCAACCCAAACCGCUCCAUCUAUCCCGCCAUGAUGUGCCGCCGCUCACGCUCCCCCUCGCCGUUUCACUCCAGCGUUGAGUCCGGCUCGAUGCUGUCGCUCAGUCCGCCCGACUCCAGCUGGGAGUACCGCUGCUCACCCCUCACCUCCUCCGUCUCCUCGCCGUCUCACUCCUCCUCACCUCUCUGCUUCUCGCCGCAGACGCCGCCAACGCCCUCGCUCUCCCCCGCCGACGCCCACCACGGGGAAAAGCCCGGCGGCAAGAGGAAGUACAAGAGCCGCCACCUGGACAGUAACGAUAAGGACCCCACCUGGAGGCCGGGCGGUGGGCGCCACGGGGAGAAGAGGAAGGAGAGCGAGAGGAGGAGGAGGAGGGACGGCCACAGGGACGGUCAACGUGGAGAGAGCAGCAGCAGCAGGAGGAAGAGGAGGCGGAGCCGAGAAGACCGCAGUCCCAGCGUGGAGAUCAUCUACGAGGGCACCAUCGACUCGGAGGCGGCGCAGCCUCCCGCUGCCAAGCGUCGCCGCAGACGCCGCCGCAGGACACAACACAGCAGCUCUCCCGUCAUCAUCACCCUUGACAGCGACAGUAGCCACGACGACGACGACCUCAACAAAACCACCAUCAGCAGCAGCAGCAGCAGUCCGCUCAGCAGCCAGCAGACUGUCGACUUCUCCGACCUGCCUCCGCUCCCGAUGGUGCAUUCGGCCGGCGUGGGCGGGGCCCUGGACGCCGAAAUCGGCGAGCUCCCCGUCGACAUCCUGGACCGAGGGUCCGACGGGUCGGAGGCCGAGCCGCCAGGCCGGUCCGAGGUCGCCGUCGACAACAGCGAUCACGACGUCGACGUGGAACACGACGAAGACGGCGGCUCGCCAUUGGGGUGCGAUGUAGAUGAUAGAGGAGCGUCUUUGGGCACACGUGGACCAAUCAGAGGGGUCGAUAAAACCACGGCUAGUGAUCCAAGAGGAGCGACGAGUGAGGACGGCAACGAUUCUGUCCCCUCCGACAGCCGCCUGCUGGCGACCAUCCUCGACGACCUGAGGGGAAUCGCUGCACCCAGGUGUGACCUCUCGUUGAACUACGACGCCAGAAAAGUGCGUUCACGGGUUCGCGCUGACCACGGCAGCUGGUCGAGCGAGUUGGAGCGAAAGUGUAAUGAAGCAGGAGACCAAAACCAGGGCUCGGACUUGCCGACCCCCGCGCCGCCGCCGCCUCUUCAUCAGAUGGCGUUCAGGGUCGGCGAGGAGGCAGUGGACGUCCCUCCGCUCCUGAAACAGGCCAGUCCUGUUCGGUCGCACCACAGAAACACGCCGCCGCCGUUAAAACACAAAGAUGCUGGAAGUCCGCACCUGUCGCCCACCGACCGCCUCUCGCCUGGCUCCUCGGUCGUCGACCUCGAUUCAAACCCCGUCUCCGAGCCGCCCAAAGAGAACCGGACCAUUCCCCCGAUCUCAUCGCUCAGGAAACAUCUCCCGAGCUCGUCGACCUUCAGAGGAUUCCACUCCUCACGCCACAAACCUCCAGCUGGUUCCCGUUCACCUUCUGCGUCUGAGAACAACUCGACCAGCGCCGAUUCUUUACCUCAUCUGAACUCGUUCCAUUCUUCAACGGAAUAUUCCAGCUGUGAUGUCACAGAGGACACGCCUCCCUCCGCUCUGCGAGCUUCACCCGUUGACGUGCGACAUCCGGUGAAUUCUUCGCCUCCCGUUGUUGAUUUCUGUUCAGCCGUCGAGUCGGGCUGGUCCAGAGAGAAGGGAGGUUCUACCUCCGCACGCCGCAGGAACGAGGCGUCUUUUAGCCCAGCGGCGCCCGUGGACCCCCGCCUCUCCGGCAACAGUGGUGCUGGAGGCAAACCCGCUUUCUCAGGAGUCAAUUCCAACAACGCGUCGCCGCCUCUUUCAGUUUCGUCCGUUGAGUCCAGGACUCGUAAUCUCUCGCCCGCUGACCCUAGCGCCUCCGAAGGGCUGACGGACGGUACGACAUUGGCGGCUGCGGGGGACCAUGAGGACGAAUCCCCUCGUGAUCUCCCGCCACCCGUUGACUUGCACCGUUCACGUCCUUCGCCUCCCGCUAACACGCUUUCUUUUCGCUCGAUCGCCGCUCUGACCGACGCUCUGACCGACGGACACGCCAACCACCUGGCCUCGCCCUCCUCCGCCGCCUUCCACUCGUCGCGCCCGAAGCGCAGCUCUCAGUCCGAACCCGCCGACUCGGACACGACACUUCAUAACAACUUUGCUCCUGUCGACCCGAAACUCAACGUCAGAGACUUGGUGGCGUCGGCCCCUCGGCCCCUCGAGAACCCGUGGAACUCAAACGCCAUCAACGCCCGUUCGGACGCCCGGUCGCCCGCGGGCCGACGCUCGCCGAGCAGCGUGUGGACCACACACGCACACACUGUUCCACGCAGGACACACAAGUGAGAGGAAGUCGGAACGUUUUUGAGACUUUGUGGGGAAGGAACUUUUUUUACUAUCUUUGUUUAAUUGUUUUGAGAGAAAAAAAUUCUGCCCAUUUCACGACUAGUCAAAGCUGGAACUGAUGGAAGAUAAAAAAUCAUUUUGAUAUAUUUUUUUCUGGGGCUGGGACGAAAUAUUGAUUUCUCAUGUUUUAUUUUCUAAUUAGAUUGAAAAAAAAUCUCUGGGGUCUGAUUAUGACACGAUAUUGGGGAGUUAAAAAAAAAUUCAAUACGUUUUGGUCAAUAUAUAUAUUUUUAUAUAAUUUGUAAUUGUCAGUGAUUCCCAAGAUGUCGGUAUCAAACACUUAUGGAAGACAAAUGUAAUUGAGGCUUGAUAUUUUACAGUUUAGCCUUAAACUGUAUUAAUAAUAUCUAUGAACAAAUAGAAAACUAAAACAACCAAAUAUUUAGAACCCGAAUUAAGAAAAUAAACUUUUUCUUUGACGUAAAAUCUGUUCAAAAUCUAAGCUUUCAUAUUUUUGUUUUCAAAUUUUAACCCAAAUAAAACAUAAUUUUUGGAUUCAUUUGAGAAAGACCGUUUAAUUAGGAAAUAUUAUAAAUGUGAUUAUCAAAAAAAUACUUUUGUUUUAAAGAUUUGAAAAACAUACUUUAUUUGUUGAUCAUUUCAUGGUCCCGCCCCCCAGUCAAUGGACAAGUCACAUGAAGAUAUGAAAGAAGGUUAGGCCCGCCUCCUGUCUGUCAAUCAAACUUGUUCAUAUGUUUUAACCAGUAGCUGUAGUUUGAUAAGAAAAAUGGAACGUGAGCUAUGACAUCACAGAGGAACUUCCUGGUCUGUUUGACGACGACAUCACAGAGGAACUUCCUGGUCUGUGUGACGACGACGACAUCACAGAGGAACUUCCUGGUCUGUGUGACGACGACGACAUCACAGAGGAACUUCCUGGUCUGUGUGACGACGACGACAUCACAGAGGAACUUCCUGGUCUGUGUGACGACGA